GCCCACAUAUAUAAAUAUAGCUGCAUAGUGAAUAACUACAAUUUUACAUAUACUCUCCCCUCCGCCCCUGUCUCUCUCUAAGAGAGAAAACCCCCAAAGCCCUCCAGAAAGCUUUGUUGAUGCAACUGCUACACUGGCAGACCGAAGUGCAGAAUACUGAUGCAAAGCUCCCAUCCUUGUUAAGUGGAACUUGCUUAUUGUACGUGUCUGAUUUCAUGAAACAACAAGAAUCACCUUACUGGAUGCCAGGAACCAAUAACCCGGAAAAUUGUUCAAUACUCCACCAGUAUCAUUUGGAUGGCUGUGAUGAACUUCAUUCAGAUAGGAGGAAAAGAGAUGAUGAUUUAUGUUCCUUAAACUGCGCAAGAAAUUUUUCCCAGCUGUCAACCUCCAGUACAAUGUGUCAGGAUGCUGCACCAACUUUUGUUUAUAGGCGUAGGAGGCAACGCAGGAGCUCUGUUUCCAUGUGCUCAAUACAGACAUCUGCUGGUGCCAAACCAAGUGAUGACUCUCACUCUGCCAUCAGUUCUGCAGCCCCUUCAGUGGCUGCCCAAGAGCACAUUGUUUCCUUUUCUGAGUGUGCAACAGAAGCUGUGGCAGCAUCCUUUAAUCGAUGUUCGGCUGGGGAAGAAGCCUUGGUAAGUGAUGUGGACAGAGUUAUCAAUGUCUGUUGUGCUAAUGAUAAUUGUUCAUCAUCAAAAUCAAAUUUAGCACUUAGUUCGGUUUCCCUGAAAAUUGAUAUGGAUGAUGUGGGCGAGUGCUCCUCUUCUGGUGCAUUGAGUGCUGAGAAGGUGUCAUAUGAGAUGUCAGAAAGAGAUAUAUGCAUUUCAAUUAUCAGAAAUCAGGGACCGGUGGAUAGAGUUGGGACCAGGCAAGAGCGAGAUUCUUCCGUAAAUACUUGUAUUAGAAAUGACAUCUACUAUUCACAACCAUGCAAAAUCUGUGAGCAUUUGGAUAGCACAUCAAAUAUGCUUAUAUGUGACAAUUGCUUAGAUGCAUUUCACAUGUCUUGCUGCAACCCCUGUAUAAAGAGAAUACCAGUGGGAGAGUGGCUUUGUACUUCUUGCUCGAAGAAAAGGCAUAAAAUAUUGAAAGAGAAAUCUUUCAGUAUCAGCUCAGAAAUUGGAAAUGGGAAUUCAGCAUCAGAAGGUGAAUUAGGGUCCACUGAGUUUAUGUUCACAGACACUGAGCCAUAUAUGUCUAAUGUGCGAAUUGGUGAUGAAUUUCAAGCUGAUGUUCCUGAUUGGUCCAACUCCAGCCCCACUUACAAUGAAUGCGAUCCUUAUGUUGAUUGGUUAGAAAUGGAUUCUUCAAAUAAUGUUAGUAUGCAGGAACGGAAUUACACCAAACCUUUAAAGCUCAGCUCUAUAGGUAAUUGGCUUCAAUGUCAAGGGCUUAUUGAAGGCAUUGGAGAAGGUGGUGAAGCAACUACAUGUGGAAAAUGGCGCAGGGCUCCUCUUUUUGAAGUUCAAACUGAUGAUUGGGAAUGCUUCUGUUGUGUACUUUGGGAUCCUUCUCACGCUGACUGCGCUGUACCCCAGAUACUGAGAAGUAGAAAGUGUCCCAUGCAAUGGAAAUUUAGCAGGUCGAGAUGUCUAAGUAGAGCUAGACACUGAAGAAGUCAUGAGGCAAUUGAAGUACAUAGAGAUGCAUGCUUUGCAGUUGAGGCCCCAGCUAGCUGCGAAAAGGCGCAAAUUGAAUUUUUCGAAGAGACCUUGAGAAACAGCCAAGUCUUCAAGAUUAUGGCUUCUGUACAUCUAAGUAUAUAGGAUGGGGAUUUCUAAACUUGAUCUCAUUUUGAGGAUGCUGUAACUGUCAGUUUAAAAUUCCCUCAAAGAGAGAAGAAAAGGAAAAAGAUCGAAAGGACUAAGCUUCAGGCUAGUGGGAGCAACAGAUCUUGCUUUAUUUGGUGUUUCUAUGGCAAUUUUGAGCUAUUAUAUAGCCAUCUGUUGAUCUUGAUUGUAUGUACAUGCUUUCACAAUGCUAGCAGAAAU